AUGUGGUAUCAGUGUACCGAGGGACAAUAUUCCCAUCCCAUGUUCCACAUCAUCGACAGUAAGUCGUUCAAAUCAGUUAGUGAAGAUGCCCACACCUCGCAUUCUUCUUCUGCUACUUCAACAGCUCCUCCUUAUAGCGUGAGAACCCCGAUAGUCACAGAUAGAAAUAUUGUUAUAGGUGCCAGUAAUCGUUCCCGAUCAGGAUGUCUUGUUUGUCGACGUCGGAAGAAGAAAUGUGAUGAAACUUAUCCCGUUUGCGACGCUUGUAAACUGCGGAAAGUUGCUUGUGAAUGGGGCCCAAAUAAACCUUCAGGUCUGAAGUAUGAUUCAGGUUUGCCAUCGAGUAAUAACCGUUCUAAAGUUUCGAAACUUAAUCGUAAUAAAACAAAUCCCCCGAAAAACCUAACUUCUAUCCCCCCAGCAAGAUCGAAUAGUCAUAAUGAUGUUGUUGUUCCAACGUUUAAUAUUGACUCUACAGCAGCUACAACGUCUGCUUCUGCUUCCUCAAGUUUCCCUUCAUCAAAUGUUUAUUCUGAUUAUCCCUACGAUCGUCAAGAGACUGCAGUACCUCACCCAAAUUCGCUCCAUCGUCAGCAUCAACAAUCGAAUCAUUAUCACAAGGAUGAUCUUAUCAUUAACCAGAAACAGAAUCACCUUCAGUGCCCACAAAAUCAUUCCCUGAGUCAAGAUCUGUAUUUUGGAAGCUUUGACCAGUUCCCCCCUCAUCAAUCCCAAACAAAUGAUUCGGUGUCUACUCCUAGGUCUCAACUAUAUACCCAGUUAAAUACCCAGUUUGAUCCUCCGUCAGGGGACCACCAAAACUCCAAUGUUCCAGUGCUUGAACCCCUUGUUAAAGCCUCUCCACAUCAGCCUCAAGACCAAAAACUGCAAUCACAAUCUCAACCCCAGGUGAUAGAGGAGUUGUAUACCCCCAAUGCACAUCAAAUGGUUUCAAAAGCUUUUACCCCUAGCAUGGGAUCUUUGGCAACAUUCUUCAAUAAUAAUAGUAAUAAUAAUAACAACAGCAAUAACAAUAAUGGUUCUAUUUCUCCAUGGUUGAAUUCAGCUCCAGCUCCUUCGUUAUUCCCUGCAACUACCACUCCAACAUCGUUUGAUUUGGAAACAAUGCUUUCUUUGUAUAGCCAAGACCAAGAUAGUUUUGGUGCUAUUCCCUUGGAUUUGGGAAUAGAAGAUCAAUUUUCAUCAAUGGCAUCCCAACAACUUCUGCAUCUGUUAGGUGCAACUUCGUUAGAUUCAUUUGAUUCAAAUCAUCAAGCAACAUUACAAGUGUUCCAAUUUCUUCAACGGGUAUAUUUCCUGUUGUCUCCUUCUAGCAUUAUAAAUCCAACAACUUUUAAUAAUUUAGAUGAGAUGGCCAUGCAUUUUAUGCACAGCUUUGUUGAAAAGGUUGCUCGAGAGCUUUGUAUUGGUCCGGAAUCAUCCAACUACUUAUUGAGAACCUUUUUCAAACUUGCAGGGAAAGAGCGUUCUAUUUCAUAUGCUCUUUCUUCUUGGGGUGGUGUAUUUCUUAAUGAUGAAGGUUCCAAACGAUAUGUUGCUCAAUAUCGUGAAAAGGCCAAUGAAUUAAUGACCCUUAAACGAAGCAGAGGCACUAAACAUAAUAAGGACGACACUUAUGUGUAUCUUAAUUACAACAUGAUUCAAAUGUCUAUUGAUGUCUGUGCUGGUGAUACCAAAGUAUGGCAUGAUUUUUUUAAGGAGAAUGUCAAAUUGAUUCAGAAAGAAGGUGGUCUUGAAAAAAUGUGUGAGAAGUUUGAUUAUUCUGAAGAUAUAUUAUGGUUAUUGGCAGAUGUUCAAUAUCAUGAUAUUUUAUCUUCAAAGACCUUUUCAGAGGGUACAAUUUUCAGAAUAAAAGAUUACAAUAAAAUAUUCAGUCAGAACAAAGAUCAAAACCACAAAAGAAAGAAUUCUGACCUGUACGGAAUAGAUCCCUUACAAGGAUGUUUACAACCGAUUUUCCUUAUCUUAGGAGGGAUUUUGAAUGAUUCUGUCAAGAUGAAACGGAAAUACGAAAUGAUUCGACGUGAAUUGGAUAAAGCCGAAGCUCAAUUUGAAAGCACAGGACAUAUUAAAGAUUUGAAUCCUAUAGUUGAUUCACAAUCGACCAACAUGGAUCAUUAUUCUUGUAACAAUAAUCCCGAAUUAUUGAGUUUACGAGCUCAACGAAUUAAAUUCUUUUCUGAAGUUGAGGAGCUUUAUAAUGGUCAAAAGUCAAAGAUCAAAUCUUGUUCUCCAAUGCAAUUGAAUUUGCAUGAUCUUCAAAAUGAUACCAAAGUUAUGGAAUUACAUCAAACAUUAUUUAAGAUUUAUGUACAAAUUGUCACUGCAUGUUUGGAGAUUCAAUUACGUCGUGCACCAUCGGGGAGUUAUGAAUUGCAAUGUCUUUUACCUCAAAUCUUUGUUUACAUUGAUAUGUUAGUGGAUACGAAGAUGGCAUCGUCAUUAUGUUUGGCGUUUUUGAUUUGUGGGAUCAUAUGUAUUGAACCAGGUGAUAGACACUACUUGGAACAUCAAUAUGGGAAAAUCAAAAAGAACUAUCACGUGAAGAACUUUGAAAGAACGUGGGAGAUUGUGGAGGAGAUCUGGAAACGGAAUGAUAACGGAAGAAAAUAUAUCGAUUGGAUCGAUAUCUGUGAAGAGAAAGGCUGGAUCUUGUGUUUGUCAUAA